UUUGUCUUUCAGAACGAAGACAGUCCCAGUCCAAAAAGACAGCGAUUAUCAAAUUCCGUUUUUGAUUACACUGCACCAUCUCCUGCACCAUCGCCGCCAAUGCGACCAUGGGAGAUGACGUCAAAUAGGCGGCCUCCUUCGGCUCGUCCCAAUCAGCACCACUUCUCAGGGGAAAGAUGCAACACUCCUGCUCGAAACAGAAGGAGUCCUCCAGUUAGACGGCAAAGAGGAAGAAGGGAUAGGCUGUCGCGCCAUAAUUCUGUUAGCCAAGAUGAAAAUUAUCAUCACAUUUCCUAUGGCCAGCAGCAGACUGUAGAGGAGCCCAGGGCCUUUCACCCUCCGAAUGUAUCCCCCCGCCUGCUACACCCAGCUGCACAUCCACAACAGCAGAAUACAGUUAUGGUUGACAUUCAUGAACAGAUUCACCAGGGUACAGUACCGGUUUCUUACACUGUUACAACUGUAGCACCACAUGGAAUCCCUCUGUGUACUGGUCAACACAUCCCUGCUUGUAGUGCACAGCAGGUUCCAGGCUGUUCUGUGGUCUUUAGUGGACAGCAUUUACCCGUCUGCAGUGUGCCUCCUCCAAUGCUUCAAGCAUGUUCAGUUCAACACUUACCAGUUCCCUAUGCUGCUUUUCCACCCCUUCUUUCCAGUGAUCCAUUCUUAUUACAUCCACCACACCUUUCCCCACAUCACCACGCUCAUCUCCCCCCUCCUGGACAGUUUGUACCUUUCCAGGCACAACAGUCUCGAUCGCCUCUGCAAAGGAUAGAGAAUGAAGUUGAGCUGUUGAGUGAGCAUCUACCUGUUGGAGGAUUUACAUAUCCUCCACCUGCUCAUGCGCCAACAUUGCAGCCCUCUGCCCCUUUACAAUUCAUAACUCAUGAUCCUUUGCACCAGGAGGUUUCCUUUGGAGUUCCUUAUCCACCAUUUAUGCCAAGAAGAAUUACCGGACGUAGCAGAUACCGAUCACAACAGCCAAUACCACCGCCACCUUACCAUCCGAGCCUUUUACCUUAUGUCCUUUCCAUGCUUCCAGUGCCUCCUACUGUAGGACCAGCCUUUAGCUUUGAGUUGGAUGUAGAAGAUGGGGAAGUGGAAAACUAUGAGGCAUUGCUAAAUCUAGCUGAAAGACUAGGUGAAGCAAAACCACGGGGAUUAACGAAAGCGGAUAUUGAGCAACUUCCAUCAUACAGGUUUAACCCAAACAAUCACCAGUCAGAGCAGACCUUAUGUGUAGUGUGCAUGUGUGAUUUUGAGUCAAGACAGCUUCUAAGAGUCUUACCAUGUAAUCAUGAAUUUCAUGCCAAGUGUGUUGACAAGUGGCUAAAGGCAAAUCGUACCUGCCCAAUAUGUCGAGCUGAUGCUUCAGAAGUACAUCGCGAUUCAGAAUGA